AUGAAGGUCAUCGACAAAAUCAACGAAAGCAUUGAGCGCCAAGAAGUUUUCUACUCGUUCGAGUUUUUCCCACCAAAGACGCUUGCGGGCGUGGAUAAUCUUUACGCACGCAUGGACCGCAUGGCAGCACUGGAGCCGCUUUUCUGCGAUAUGACAUGGGGCGCUGGCGGCUCCAGUGCGCGGCUCACACUGGAGCUUAGUGCCAAUGCGCAAAAGCUUAGUGGCUUAGAAAUGCUCAUGCACAUGACUUGCACCAACAUGACCGAGGCUGACAUCAAGAAGGCGCUCAACCAGGCCAAGGAUGCUGGCAUUCAAAACAUCCUCGCGCUGCGUGGAGAUCCCGUGCGGGGGGCGACUAGCUUCGACGAGUGCGAUCGCGGCUUCUCUCACGCGAUUGAUCUCGUGAGGUUCAUUCGCAAGACUUAUGGUGAUUACUUUUGCAUUGGCGUGGCAGGAUAUCCUGAAGGUCACACGGAAAGUACGGACAAGAAGACUGACACCCAAUAUCUUAAAGAGAAGGUUGAUGCUGGUGCCGAUUUUGUCAUCACUCAAUUUUUUUAUGACGUGCAGAUUUUUGUGAAGUUUGUGGAAGAGUGCUGUGCCAUCGGUAUCACUGUACCCAUAAUUCCCGGGAUUAUGCCGAUUCAAAAUUAUGGUGGCUUUGAGCGCAUGACGUCCUUUUGCAACAUCAAGGUGCCAGACGCAGUGCGCAGAUCCUUGGAUCCCAUCAAAGACAAUGACGAAGCAGUAAAGAAUUUUGGUGUUCAGCUUAGCAUUACGAUGAGCCAGCAGUUGAUUGAUGCUGGCGUGCCGGGCCUGCACUUCUAUACGCUUAACUUGGAGCGUUCCGUGCGUCGCAUUCUGGAAGGACUGUCAUCAUUAUCCAGCCGCGUCCCGCGUCGUGAGUUGCCGUGGAAGAUAUCCACGCUCUCCAAGCGUGCGUCAGAGAGUGUGCGCCCGAUCUAUUGGUCUAAUCGGCCUAAAAGCUACGUGCAUCGCACCGCCAUGUGGGACGAAUAUCCGAAUGGCCGCUGGGGUAACAGCGAAAGUCCAGCUUUCGGUGAGCUCACGGAAUCGCAUUUUGCGCCUUCGGGUACGUCAACGCUGAAAGAGCGUCGCGCCAUGUGGGGGGAUACUCCGGCCACCAAGGAAGACAUUCACCAUACUUUUGUGAGAUAUGUACGUGGUGAAAUCUCGAGUCUACCAUGGUGCGACGCUGCACUGCACGCCGAGACGUCAACUAUACAGCAGGAGUUAGCCUCUGCUAACUCUGCUGGUUUCUUAACGAUUAACAGCCAGCCACGUGUGAAUGGAGUGGCUUCGGACGAUCCGAUAUUCGGUUGGGGAGGGCCCGGAGGUCGCGUGUACCAAAAGGCGUACGUCGAGUGCUUCGUGUCGCCUGAGAAUAUGAAAAUUGUAAUCGAAAAUUCAGCCAAGAAGCCUUCGGUGCAGUAUCAUGCCGUGAAUUUGCAUGGUCACUCAUACUCGAAUGCCAGUAAAUCGGCUGUGGCCGUGACGUGGGGUGUUUUCCCGAAUAAAGAGAUUCUGCAGCCUACGAUUGUAGAUAGUAGCAGCUUUUUAGUGUGGAAAGACGAGGCAUUUGCGUUGUGGAUUAAGAUGUGGGCAUCAUUGUAUGCAGAGAGCAGCCAGUCGGAGAAACUGUUGAACGAGAUAUACAGCACAUACUUCCUGGUGAGCAUCGUAGACAAUGAUUUUAUAAACGGCAACAUUUGGGAAUUGUUUGAAGCAUCGGUGUCCCCUGCCACCUUGCUGUGA